ACAUGUUUUACUUUGUUUAAAUCAAUAUAUUAUUUUAUUUCUAUGUUUAUCUAGCUGGUAAGUGUAUUAUUAAAGCAAAAAAAAUCGUUCAAACAUGAACAUUAAACAAAUUAAUAGGACAGCUAAUGUAGCCUGGAGUCCAAAAGAACAAUAUCCUGUGUAUCUAGUUGCUGGAACUGCUGCUCAACAAUUAGAUGCAACAUUUAACACAUCAGCAACAUUGGAAAUUUAUCAUGUGGAUAUUGAAAAUAAUGAGCUUGAUAUGCCAGUGGUGGGUUCAUUGGACAUAGAACAAAGGUUUCACAAACUACUUUGGUCUGAAUUUGGGUUUUCUUCAGAGUAUUUAAAUGGAUUGAUAGUUGGUGGUACAGAUAGUGGUGAUGUGUGUGUAAUUGAUGCAUCUGCUGUGAUAUCUAGAAAAAAUAAAUCAUGUAAUGUUCAUACUCUUAGUGAUCACACAGGGCCUGUACAAGCUUUAGACAUAAACAAAUUUCAAAGUAAUCUCAUAGCAUCUGGAUCAUCCAAUUCAGAAAUAUUAAUUUGGGAUCUAAAGCAUCCAGAGCAACCACUAUCUCCAGGAACUAAAACAACUCCGCUAGAUCAAAUCAGUUGCUUAGCUUGGAAUAAUCAAGUGCAACAUAUUUUAGCGUCAAGUACACCAACUGGCAGAGUUGUUAUUUGGGACCUGAAAAAGAGUGAGCCAAUUAUUAAAAUUGGUGAUCAAUCAGCAAUGUUUCAUUACAAAUCAAUUGCAUGGCAUCCAGAUGUGUCUACUCAAAUUUUGAUUUCAAAUGAAGAUGAUCGAUAUCCAGUUAUCCAAAUGUGGGACUUAAGGUUUGCAUCUUCCCCAAUAAAGGUGUUGGAGGGACAUUCAAGAGGUAUUCUAUCGUUGACUUGGUGUCCACAAGAUUCAGAUUUAGUUAUGAGUUGUGGCAAGGAUAAUCGAAUAUUGUGUUGGAAUCCUAAUAGCCAGUUAGCGAAUGAUAUAGUUUAUGAAUUACCAACAAUGUCUCAGUGGACAUCUGAUGUUAGUUGGUGUCCUCGUAUACCAGGCAUUAUUGCCUCUUCAUCAUUUGACGGUCAUGUCACUAUAAGUUCUGUUAUGGGAGGCUCACAUCAAGUGCAAAAACAACAGCAACAUAGUCAAAUUUCAGAUUCAUUUGGAAUUCAAAAAGAAGAUUUUACACCAAAUUUAAUGCAUCAACCAACAACAGUUAUAGUCCAGCCAUUAAAAAAACCACCCAAGUGGAUGAGACGUCCUUGUGGUGCUUGUUUUGCAUUUGGUGGUAAGAUAGUUUCUUUUGGUACAUUUGAUGAAAAAAAAGUUUAUAUUAGUCAAGUAGUAACAGAAAAUGAGCUCUUAAUUCGAUCACAUGAACUUGAAAGUUCAUUAAUUAGUGGCAACCUAUUGGAGUAUUGUGAACAUAAGAUCUCAGUUGAGUCUGCACAAAAUGAGAAAAUGCUGUGGCAGUUUUUGAAAAGCAACUUGGGAAAUGAACCAAGAAUGGAGUUUUUAAAACUCUUAGGUUAUGAUCCAUUAGCACUUGCUCAAAAGAUAUCUACACUAAGUCAUUCUGAAGUUCCAGUUAAGAAUGAAACAUUGCAAGGGAUAAAUCCUACAGAAUUAGCAUCCAAGAUAGAGUUAUUAAAAACAAGAAAUUUUGAUAAUAAUAAAAAGCAUCUGGAAAGUGGAGGGACAUCACCCAUAAUGGGUCGAAAGACUCCAAUAAGUGAUGGAAGUCAUGAUGAUAUAGUGACUGAAUAUCAGGAGGAACAAGAAAUAACAGAAGUAAUAAAAGAUUCAAAACUGUUUGCUAUACCUACUGGAGAUGAUGCAGAUGGCCUAAUUUGUCAAGCCUUGUUGACUGGAAACUUUGAUGCUGCAGUGGAGAUUUGUUUUAAAAACAAUAAAAUGGCGGAUGGAAUAUUAUUAGCAAUUGCUGGUGGACCUGACCUGUUUACAAGAACUCAAAAAAAUUAUCUUGAGCGUCAAUGCAAUUCCACGACUAAGUUAAUUUCUGCUGUUGUCAAUCGUGACUGGAGAAAUAUUGUUGAAAAAUCAAAUAUUGAAAACUGGAAAGAAGCCCUCUCAGCUUUAGUUACAUAUAGUAAAGCUGAGGAGUUUUCUGAAUUGUGCUCUAUUCUUGGUGGUCGACUGGAAAAUGAAAUUAAAGAUUACAAUUCUGCUCUUGUUUGCUAUAUAUGUGCAGGUGAUGUGGAAAGUUUAGUGGCAUGCUGGAAUCAUUCUUUGGUUGCAGAAAUUAAGGAUCAUUCCUCUGUAAACACUGAACUGAUGUUACAAAACCUUAUUGAGAAAGUCAUGAUAUUAAAAAAAUCAACUGAAAAUGAACGAUAUAAGCCAGCAGUUAAUCAAACUUCAAAUGUGGCAGAAAUGUUAUGUAAAUAUGCUCUUCUACUUUCAUCACAAGGCAAUCUACAAACAGCAAUGUCGUAUUUAUCAUUCAUUUCAAAUCAAGCUGUUGAGAUACUAAAGGAUAGAAUAUUCCAUUCAUCUGGGACUUUUUGUGUUAAUCCACCUUCUUUUCCGUUUGAGCGUAUUAAUGUAACAGCUCAUCUAGAAGUUUCUUCAAAGACUUACUUUCAGACACAUUCCAAUAAAGUACAUCAAGCAACGUUAAAACAGCAGUUUAGCCCAGUUGAACCAAAUUAUUCUGGUUUGUAUAAUUCUGCUACUGUUGCUCAUUCUAUUUCAACUGUAUCUAAUAACCAAUCAGGUGCUUACCAAACACCUGCAUUCAAUUCAUUAACAUCCUCCACUAUAAUAAAUGCCAACCCUCUACCUGCUAAAGCACAGUAUUCUCAUCAAACUGCUUUCAACCAACAACUAGCUGAAAAUAGUAGUUCAUUGAAUCAAAUGCCAAACAAUUUUUUAUAUAAUCCACCUCCACAAAAUACAAACUUUAGUUCUCCUUCGCCACCUGUAAGCAAAGUUUACAAUCCAACAAUUAUGCAACCAACAAAAACAGAUUUUGCACCACCGCCAACUGGUGCAAUGGGCUACCGAUUAAAUUUUAAGACUUCUAAACCAGAAUCUGUCAACCAACCAUCUCCAACGCUUCAGCAAUCUGUGAAUUUAUAUAAUCCAUCGUUUCAAGAGCCCUCUUUAAAUGUGCCUACUUUACCUUCAAAUCCUAUGAUUCCAUCAAAUCCUAUGGCUUCUUCAAAUCCUAUGAUUCCAUCAAAUCCUAUGAUUCCAUCAAAUCCUAUGGUUUCUUCUCCUGUUCAAUCACAACCAGAACCAAUUAAAAAAGAGGAGUUUAUUAAAGCUCCUAUACCUAAGGAACAUAUGGUUGUGCCGGAUACAUUUGACUCAAUUGUAAUUCGCUGUAAAAAUGCUUGUAAUAAUCCACAAACAAAACGAAAAAUAGAAGAUGUUAAUAGAAAAUUGGAUAUCUUGUAUGACUUGUUGCGAGAAAAUAAAGUUUCUCCAAGUGUUUUAAGCGGUUUGCAUCAAAUGGUUCAAGCUUGUCAAGUUGGUAAUUACAUCGUUGGAAUACAAAUUCAUACUCACAUGAUUUCUACAGGAAAUUUUUCUGAAAUUAGUUCAUUUAUGCCGGGUCUUAAAACUUUAAUGCAAAUUGCUGGGCAACUCAAAGUCUAAUUACCAUGUUGUUAAUAAUAAAUAAAUUUUUAACAAAUCAAUUCUAGCAACUUUUUUAAAAGUACAGGUGUAACACAUUUAAAUAUUUUAAUGUAAAAUCAUCGCAAACAUUGCAA